AUGCCUCCGAAAGCGAAGAAAGAUGAACAAGACCGCGAAGAAGCAGCUAAUGUAACCGCAUUUACAGCCGUGCUAACAGCUAAGCUAGCGGAAACUAAAAGUGAACUUCUGGCUGAGAUUAAAGACACCUACGCGAGAUAUGAGGCAAAGCUUACUGGCCUCCAGAACUCCGUUGAAGACCAUGACCAACGUAUCACUAGUCUGGAGCAAUUUGCUAACUCCACCAGUGACGAGUUAACUGAUGUGCGGACUGAGCUAGCGGCGGUGGCCUCAGAAAAUGCUAAGCUAAAGGCUAGGCUGAUCGAUCUUUCUGGACGAACCCGCCGUAAUAAUAUAAGAAUUGUGGGUCUGCCGGAACAAAUUGAAAAUCAGACGAGACCAACAGAGUUCUUUUCCCAGCUACUGUGUGAUGUGCUUGGUGCGGACAUUUUGUCAUCACCCCCGAAGCUGGACAGGGCCCACCGCGCACAGCCUGCUAGGCUAGCAUCCACGGGGCUUCAGGGCGGACUGAAAUAUAAAGAUACACCUAUCCACAUCUUUGAGGACUACGCUCCGGAGGUUUUGGAGCAGCGCGCUCAGUACCGGGACGUGAUGAAGAGGCUCUUCGAGUUAGGCUACAAGCCCGCACUGAGGUACCCUGCCAAGUUGUCUGUUGUGUUACACGAUGGAUCAAGAAAACUUCUUCCCACCGUAAAAGAAGCUGCUGACUUUGCGUCUCGUCAUCGCCGACGGGAUGACCCGGAGGUGAAUCCCUAA